GAGAUAACUGCCGAUGACAUCUGAGCUGCGAGUUGAGUCGGAAAAACCUUCCAACCACACCGGGACCAACCACCCACGAGACCGGUCCCAACAUGUACCUCGCAAUUUUCAGUUUCUGCAUUUUAUUCCGGCUCAUAACGACAGCUCCUCCUCUUCAAAAAUUACUGAUUAAGGAGGAGCCGCUGGCAUUGCAGGCAGCACCUCGAGGAUCGGCAUCGCUCCUGCAACCUCGAUUUAUCUUCAUAGCACCAGACAGACCACAGAUGUACAAUCAGACCCCUUUCUCCCCCCAGGGCCAGGGCCAGGCCGAGCCUAGCGCAAUAGUGCUCAGCCGAAAUGGAAUUAAACAGAUAAAGCUUGGUGAAGCUACCGACAGAAACGAAAUCCCUUUCCCUCCGCCUAGCUUCCGGGACUUCGUAGCACUGGAUGCUCAGGACGACGCAAUGCUCAAUCAACGAGCCCCAUCCAUGAAGUAUGCUUCGGAAGCCGGCACUGAGGAGGACUCCUUGGAGGGAAUGGGUCGGCAGGGGCUCAAUCCAUUCUCGCUGUUGAGCAGUGUGCUUGGAGGAGGCGGCUCCAGAGAAAAUAGAAGCGACAGAGACCAGAGACCCCGAGAGCAAGGCCUCCUUAAUGGUCUCCUUACACUUCCUGAGAUUUUCUUAUCCAUAACAUAGAACUUUCAGGGCGGCUUGAGUUCUAUUCAUGUAGUUUUAACCUGAUUGAAGAUUAGAUUUCAAUUCUCAACAAA